GCUUUUGUUCAUGCACUAAACCCUUUUGCACUUUGGACCCUCUCCAUUCAAUUUCCUCUCAAUUUUCAAUUUUCACCACUCUGAGAUCCCAAACUUCUGCAACUAUAGCCUCCAUUAUUAGUACACAGCAGCAUCAUCAACCUCUCCAAAUUCCACCAAGGAAGAAGAAGAGACAUAAAACAUGGAGCAGACCAAUGUAUUCAGCAGCCUCAAACUCAUUCAGACAGCAAAGCAUCAGAUCCUAAGGAAAGUGAGCAUCAAACAACUGUUCAUGUUGCUGUCUGUUUCUCUCUUCUCCCUUGUGUUCUCCAGCUCUAACUGCCCCUCCUUCCUCAAAGCGUUCAAUUUCGACAUCUCAACCUUCCCAUUCAGGCUCUUCACGCACGCGGUCGACAAGAACUGCAUAUUCCUCAUCUGCAAUGGGAUCCUCGUCUUCCUCGCCAAGAGCUCGGGCCUCAUCAAGGGCAGCAGGACGUUCAGAAAGGGUAGAAAGCAAGCCGAAUCACUAUCUUUUGACAUGAAAGCUGCACAAGCAUUCGAAUACACGGAUGAACAUUUGUCAGGUGGUCUGAGAGGUUCGGAUGAUUUGGUACCAGUAAAUACAGACAGGUAUUCGGUCAAAGAAGUGAAAAGAGAAAAUGAGGACGACUUGGAUGAAGCUUCCGAAGUAUCGAAAGCAGAAGAAGAGGCAAGUGCUGUAGUGGCCAGUGGAGAAGAGCAUCAUUCGAUCGAAGAACAUGAAAAUUGUGCAGUGUCAAUAGAGGAAGACUACGGAUUUGAUGACCAAAUCGGAGAUGAUCAUCGUGAUGAUGAUCAGAUGGAAGAGCAAGGAGAAGAAGAAGAAGACGACGUAUUUGGAAAUAAGACGACGAAUUUGAGUAUGGAAGAAUUGAACAAGAAGUUCGAAGAGUUCAUAAGAAGGAUGAAGGAAGAAAUUAAGAUCGAGGACCAGCAGCAACUCGCCGCGGUCUAGUCUACCAACGUACACAUGUUUAAUACAAAUACAUAUAUAGAGUUAUAUAUUAUAUUUUGAACAUAUAUAUCCUCAGUUUGCAUGUGGAUUAUAUAUGUUACGUCCCUUAAAAUAUUUCGCGAGUUCAUUCAGAUUAUUAUGUUCCUUAAUAAUUUCUCGUCUUCGUUCUAUGUGAAUAGUAAUAUAUAAGUUUUCCCA